AUGAGCCAUCACGGUUCUCCAGCAUCAGCUGUUGAUGCUCCUGUGACUCACGCAGGCACACCCCAAUCCAACGGUUUCUUGGUGAGUCUUUUUGAGUGCCCCGUCUGCUAUGACUCUGUAUUACCACCCAUUCUUCAGUGCAAGAACGGACAUCUUGUUUGUAACAACUGCCAUCCAAAGCUCAAAUAUUGUCCAACUUGCCGCGUCCUAUUGGGGUCCAUUCGUAACCUGGCUCUGGAAAAACUCGCCAAUUUAGUGCAGUUCCCUUGUAAAUAUGCCCCUUGGGGAUGUGAAAGAAUUCUUGCGCACACGGAAAAAACAGACCACCAAGUGAACUGUGAAUUUAGGCUUUAUUCCUGUCCAUUCCCGGGUGUUUCUUGUAAGUGGAUGGGCCUGAUGAAUGCUGCUGUGCCCCAUCUGAUGGAUCAGCAUAGGAUCAUUACAACCCAACAGGGAGAGCACACGAUUUUCUUUGCUUCAGACAUUCUUCAUCCUGGUGAUUUUGACUGGGUGAUGAUACAGUGCUGUUUUGGCUUCAACUUCAUGGUCAUAUUGCAGAAAAUGGACAGAUAUGGCGAUCAGAAGUUCUAUGUAAUUGUAAAGUUGAUAGGAACGUACCAGCAAGCUCAAAAUUUCGUUUAUAAACUUGAGCUGCAUUGUCCUAGGCUGAAUGUGACUUGGGAAGCCACUCCUAGGUCUCUUCAGGAGGGAAUUGAAACAGCCAUUAUGCGUAGGGAGUGCCUAAUGUUUAAUACCAACGUUGCAAAGCUGUUUGCAAAAGAUGGCAACUUUAGCAUGAAUGUCAAUAUUUCCAGGUGUUAA